AUGCUCCUGCUGGAGCUGCUCACUAGCAAGUCCCUGACGCACGCGUCCCUGCAGGAGGCGACGGCAGCAUGUCCAGCAUGGCAGCAUCUGCAGGACGGCGGUGGCGGAGAGAAAAGGGAGGAGAGGAAGGAGAUGGGAGGCCGUAGGGAGAGGUGUGGUGCACGGAGGUGUCAUGUGACAAUUGUUAUGCCAGCCACUCUUGCUCGGUAUUCGAAGAUCAUACAAAAUCCUUUGUAUUCUGAGCUUCAGAAAGCAGCAAGUCAGGGUAGGCGAUGCACUUGGGAAAAGCUCUCUGCCAUCAGGGCAAACUGUGCUAUUGAGCUUGCAUUAGAUGAAUGUGUUGCCUUCCUGAACCACAUGCGUAGGCUGAAGAGAAGUGCAGAAAGAGCAUCCGCUUCACAAGGAUAUGGUGCUACAAUUAGACUCUGUCCAUCUAGAAGGAUUCCGUCAUGGAAUCUCAUAGCAAGAGAAAAUUCAACUGGUUCUCUCGAUGAGGAGUUGCUCACAUCUCCCACUGUUACAAGCCAUCAAGCAGUUGGAGGAACUGCUGGGCCAUCUAACGGAAAUCACCAUCUCCAACAUAGUAUACAUGAUAGCAGUGACAGUGAAUCUGAGAGUAUAGACUUGAACUCAUGGACGAGAAGUGGUGGCCCUCUCAUGAGGACAGCCUUGGCUAAUAAAUUCAUCAGCUUUGUUCAGAACCUUGAGAUUGACCCAGAAUUCAGAAUAAUAUCACCAAAGGGAAGUGAAGGUGAUAUUUUGACACCGAAUAGUAACUUGUUUGCUGGUCACCCAAUUGGUAGAGAGCCAGUUGAUAAUCAUCCAAGGCCUGUUACUCCUGGUAGGACCUCAGGCAAUACAGGUUCCGAUCCUCAUGAUACACCUGUUCCUAGGUCUCCAUUUGGUCUUUCCGCGAGUAUCAUGGUCCCUGAAGGUGACUUGUUGCAGCCUGAAAAGAUUGAGAAUGGUAUUUUAUUCAAUGUUGUCAGAAGGGAUACUCUCCUAGUGUCUACUGGUGGAAUUGAACCUCAUGGAUCUUCACAGGAAGCAGAUGUGGAAACUGUACCGACCGAGUGCCUUUAUGGUGCCUCGGAUGACGACGACAACGUGGAACUGAAUGCCGAUGAUGAAGAGUUAUCUGAUCGUGGAGAUCAUAGAUAUUCAGUUGCAGGAAAUCUGGAUUCGUCCGCUUCCAUGGAUUGUCAAGCUGAAGCAAGUACUACUCGAUCAGAAGCUCCAUCUCUCUUUGAUAUCUGUGUGGAGAUUCCUACCAUCUUAUUAUUGGAGAUGGCCAGUUACAGUUUCAUCUAAACAAUGGGGUUUGAAACUUUUGCAGGGCCUAGAUUUGAGAAUGCUGGAGUGUGUAGACAUUCCCAUACCAUCAUAUUGGGGGUCUGUAGUCCGGUCUUAUAUUUCUUACCCUGAGCAUUAUGUACUAUCUCACAUGUUCACUUAAAUUGUACCAUCUUAUUUGUUGUCUGAUUUUUGUUUGUUUAUAAUAAUACAGGGAGAGAUAAGGAAGUACUAAUUUGUUAUGGCUUUAUUUAUGCCGCUCUGGUGGUACACUCGCUUUGCCUAUCCACUGAGAAAGGAGGAUGGUG